AUGGUCGUGGGGUGUGAGGAGACCCAGAAUGAGAGCUGGUUUCCCUGCGAUCAGGAGCAGAAGGGCGGGUUUGAAGGCCCCAGGAGCUUCGAACUCCUGGAAGCCCGCCCGCCGCGGCACGGCGAGCGGGAGCAAGGACCGCGAGCCAAGCAAAGUAAAGCAGCAGUUCGGCUGAAAGAAGACAUGAAACAGAUUGUGACAGUGCCACUAAACGAGCAGAGGAAUUCCACCUACACAAAGUUAUUUGGAGUCAGUCUCCAAGACCUCCACCAGCAGGGGCUGACUGAGAACGGCGUUCCAGCUAUCGUGGGGAGCAUAGUGGAGUACUUGACCAUGCAUGGACUCACCCAGGAAGGCCUUUUUCGGGUGAAUGGCAACGUCAGGGUGGUGGAACAGCUUCGAUGGAAGUUUGAGAGUGGGGUGCCUGUGAAGCUGGGGAGGGACGGCGACGUCUGCGCAGCGGCCAGCCUGUUAAAGCUCUUCCUGAGGGAGCUGCCGGAGGGCGUGAUCACCUCGGCACUGCAGCCUCGGUUCAUUCAGCUCUUUCAGGAUGACAGAAAUGAUGCUCAGGAGAGUAGCUUAAGAGCCUUAAUAAAAGAGCUGCCAGACACCCACUACUGCCUCCUCAAGUACCUUUGCCAAUUCUUGACAAAAGUAGCCAAGCACCAUGUGCAGAACCGCAUGAAUGUUCACAAUCUCGCCACUGUAUUUGGGCCAAAUUGCUUUCAUACACGGGAGAAAUCACAGGCCAAGAAGGUCUCGCUUGACACUGAGCUGUGCUGCCUUGGGAGAAGGGCGAUUCAGCUAAAGUCACGUUCUUCCUCUUACCCUUUCCAAUAUGCCUAA